CUCUGGACUUUACUCUUCUCCGGAGAUCUUGUAUUUCUACGCGCUGUGCAUGGCUUUCAGGAGAUUUUGAUAUCGUCCCAGGUCCAGGAUGAGCAUUAUAACCCCCAGCGAUGGUGACACUCUGGUGGAGCAAAUCCUGCUGGAUGAACAUGGACACCAACUGUCCCCACAACUCAAAGAAUUCCAGAACUGGCACAAGAAACAUUUACAUGAAAGAACUGAGAAACUUCUAGAGAACAAACUUCCAAGAUGUGACCAGCGAGAGCAGAGUUUUCCAUUCUCUACACGUUAUGUCAACCUCAUCAUUGUCUCCACUGAUCACUUCAGAGAACGCUCUAAGAAUGAGCUCAUAGAGACCGGGGUAAAACAUGAGGAAUACUUAAAGAGAACACAUAAUGAAUUUCAGCGCAUUUCACCCAACAAACUGUUCCGCUGGUGCCACCGAUCCCAACAAGUGCCACGUAUGGUAAUGGUGAGCGGAGUGCCCGGUGUAGGGAAGACCACACUGAUGCAGAAGGUUGUCUAUGACUGGGUGACGGGGGUUCUCUAUCAAAGAUUCUCCUUUGUCUUUUUCUUCAAAUUCCGAGAACUCAACAGAUUGGAUAAAGUUAGUCUGGAGGACAUGAUCCUUCAUCAGUACCCAUAUCUGGAGGAGCAGCUUAGUAACAUCUUACAGGAACCAGAAAAACUGCUCUUUAUAUUUGAUGGUUUAGAUGAAAGUCUUCAUAACAUGGAUUUCUCAUCACGUCACUUGUGCUCUAAUCCUACACAGCCCGAACCUUGUGGUCAGAUUGUGGUUAGUUUGGUGAGAAAGUCUCUUCUUGAUGGUUGUUCUGUCCUAAUGACCAGUCGCCCAACCAGACUGGCAUCAAUUGACUGUAGAGUUUUUCAGCGAAUAGUAGAAAUCAUUGGGUUUUUACCAGAAGAACGACGGAUGUACUUUCAAAACUUCUUCCCCAACUCUGAACUGGGGGAAAAGGCUUUUAAUUAUGUGAAGCAGAAUGACACCCUGUACACCUUCUGUUACCUCCCGUCCUACUGCUGGAUCAUCUGUACAGUAUUAUCCAGGAGCUUCCAGCCAACAAGUAGUGAUCAGCCGGUGUCAUUAUUACCCAGAACAGUCACCCAGCUUUUUGCGAUAUUUGUCGCCAACAUCCUGUCCAAUCACUGCCUGGACAAAAGUGACGCUCAGAAGAUUCUGCAGUCCAUGGGAUGGAUGGCAGAACAUGGAGUCAUGAAUCACAGGCUUAUCUUUGAUGAACGAGAUCUGGACUGUUUCCAUGUGGACAAUAAGUCAAAGCUCUUAUCAAGUUUUCUGAUGGAAUCGGAGGAACCUGUGUCCUAUUCCUUCUUACAUCUCACUGUUCAGGAAUUCUUCUCUGCCUUGGUGCAUUAUGUGGAUUAUUCUCCUGAGAAGUUACAGAAAUCACUAAAAGAUGCCAAAUCCUAUCCUGAUGGACGAGGUGAGAUGUUCCUCCGUUUCCUGUGUGGUCUAUCAGAUGGCUCCACCAAGUCAAUGCUAACUGGAUACCUGGACAGACAAGCAGCUCCAACAUCUAUAGAUGUCAUCACUUGGCUGAAGAAUUUCCUUCUAGAAGAAAAGAGGCCAAUGGAAAGUAAGGACAAGCGACGUCUUCUCAGUACAUUUUUCUAUCUGUAUGAAUCCCGGAAUAAGGCUCUGGUGCGGGAAUCAUUACAAUCACACGGAAGUCUUGACUUUUCCAAUGUUUGUAUGUCGGCUCUAGACUGCACAGUGUUGGCAUUUAUUCUGGACACCUGCACACAUAUAGAAGAACUCAAUCUAUCUGGGUGUUCCUUAAACAAUGAAGGAUUAGAAAGACUUGCUCCAGGAUUACAUAACCUGCAGACUCUGAGAUUGGGUGGUAAUCGUCUACCAGACACUUCCUGCAUCCAGUUGGCAUCUGUAAUAAGGAAUAAUCCGUCCCUGAAGAUACUUGACCUGUCUGGUAACCGUCUGUCUGGUCCUCACUUCAGUGACUUGAUGGAGGCUCUGUCCAGUCCGGCCGGCAGGAUAAAGGAAUUACGAUUGGAUGAUAAUCGUCUACCAGGCACUUCCUGCAUCCAGUUGGCAUCUGUAAUAAGGAAUAACCGGUCCCUGAAGAUACUUGAUCUGUCUGGUAACAGUCUGUAUGGUCCUCACUUCAGUGACUUGAUGGAGGCUCUGUCCAGUCUGACCUGCAGGAUAGAAAUAUUAGAAUUGGGUGGUAAUCGUCUACCAGACACUUCCUGCAUCCAGUUGGCAUCUGGAAUAAGGAAUAACCAGUCCCUGAUGAUACUCGACCUGUCUGGUAACCGUCUGUCUGGUCCUCACUUCAGUGACUUGAUGGAGGCUCUGUCCAGUCCGGCCUGCAGGAUACAGUUAUUACGAUUGGGUUAUAAUCAUCUACCAGACACUUCCUGCAUCCAGUUGGCAUCUGGAAUAAGGAAUAACCCGUCCCUGAAAUUACUUGACCUGUCUGGUAACCUUCUGUCUGGUCCUCACUUCAGUGACUUGAUGGAGGCUCUGUCCAGUCCGGUCUGCAGGAUAAAGGAAUUACUUUUGGAUGAUAAUGAUCUAGAAGACACUUCCUGCAUCCAGUUGGCAUCUGGAAUAAGGAAUAACCGGUCCCUGAAGAUACUUGACCUGUCUGAUAACCGUCUGUCUGGUCCUCACUUCAGUGACUUGAUGGAGGCUCUGUCCAGUCCGGCCUGCAGGAUAAAGGAAUUACGUCUGAAGAGCAAUGGAUUAUCUGAAGAGGAGGAGGAAGCCAUAAGAAAACUGAAAAAGCAGAAACCAAAAAUGAAGAUCAUUGACAGAACAGAGAAGAAGCCGGAUUCCUCUCAGUGAUGAGCAGAUAACAGGACUUUGGUGGAGGAGACUUCUUCAGAGCUUUGGCUAUGGAGCGUCUCCUGGUGCUUUAUGGGUAAUAUCACUGAUCUACAGAAGAUAAGGAAAUGUCUAAUAUUAUAAUAAAGAUGAUACCAGAAAUGUUCUUCUCUAGCUAAUUAUAUGUCCAGUAACUAAAUCCCUUCAUAAUGAGCCCAAAUCCAGGCCUAUUGGAUGUAGCAGCGUCUCCUGAAGGUCAUGUAGGUGGUCAGCAGUAUAAUACUGGUUGUCACACUGGAGGAGGCCGCACAUUGCACACAGUGUAACUAACAAAUCACACAAACUGUUAUUUCAGUUUCUAUUUGAUCUUUUACUAGAUGCAACUCACGGACAUACCAGUGUUCACAUGAUCUGUGAUAUAAAACUGCCAGCAUUACCUUAUAGCAGCCCCCAGUCUGUAACUGAUCAUGUGUGUGAGCCAGAAAUUCGUUAAUCCAUACUUCAGAAAAAUGCUUUUUUAAUCUCCCUGAGCGCUCUGUUUGCAGUCAGGCUUGAAGUCAAGGGGCAGCGGCCUCCUUGCUUCAAGUUGAGCAAUGCCUGCCUUUCCCCGCCCCUCCUGACUAUGAGUUACAUAUUAACCAUUCCUUGGGAUUGUGCCGCUUGCGACUGCACGAUCCCAUCUCAGGCUCAAGCAGUCAAGGUAAUGCUGGCAGUUUUAUAUCACUUUUAAGGGUGACAGGUUCCCUUUAAGUGCACUGUGAUUUUGUUCUGGGAAAACGGUCUGAAACCUGCAUAGCUAUUCCACCUUAUUUCACUAUGCACUAUGAGAUUUAUAAAAGUAUAACACAGUUUAUAUGGUUCUGGUUUACUAUGUUUUUUUCAUAGGUUCAUUUCUUUACUUUUACGGUAUGGCACAAUUAUGUACGGGGCAACACAUGUCCAAUAUAUCAACUGGGAAGAUGAAGUUCACAGAGAUCUCGAUCUUUUUCUAUGGGUAUCAUGACUUCUACACUUAUUGUACAAUCUUCUCUAUGGCCAUCUUAAAUGUAAUGUCUUGGAAUGUGAGGGGACUAGGUGGUACUAGGAAAAGGAUAGCAGUAAUUUCUCAUAUCCGCAAGUACAAUCCCCAUAUUCUUGGUCUGCAGAACACCAAUCUCACCCGAGAAACACCAGGGAGACUUAAGAAACCAUGGUUGCAAUUGUCGGAACAUGCAUUCGGGAGCUCUUAUUCUAGAGGCGCAUCCCUGCUGAUACACCGCGCUAUUCGUUGGGAGGCAUGGCAGACAGUAAUCGAUUCUGAAGGGAAAUACAUCUUUGUCUAUGCAUACAUUAACUGCACCCCAUAUGUAGUGUUGAAUAUGUAUUACCGCCUCCCGCCAAUGCUUCAACCCUGCAAGCAGCGGUGGGAUUUCCAACAAUACCCUGAAGCUAAACUGUUAUGCAUGGGGGAUCUCCAUAUAGUGUUCGAUAGUCAUCUAGAUAGAUUUAAUACAGAGAUAAACCGGGCGAUAUUGCAGCCCUUGCCCACUGUGUUGUCCAGGUUGGUGGCCAAGAUGAGAUGGGUUGAACUGUAGAGGGAACGAUACCCUGGCCAGAGAACAUACUUUUGCUUUACCCUAUUACGUGGAGCGCUAUCUAGAAUUGACUAUAUGUUUGGUACGGCCUCCACAUACUUAGAUCUGGUAGAUAUCCAGUAUGGCCCUCAGAAUGUGUCGGACCAUGCUCCCCUGGUGGCGAAACUGAAAUUGCCCGCUAGUACAAGAUCUGUAGCCAAAAUACGUAUCCACCCCUUUUGGAUAUCCCUCAUGACAGUUAAUGACCGUAUGCUAGAUCAGCUUAAUGUAUUUCUAGAGGCGCAUGAUAGUACUACAGAUGACCUACUGCACUGGGAGACUCUAAAAGCUUACAUGUGCGACUGCUUUAAAUCUUUCAUAUCGUACAUUAAGAGAGACACUCACCGCAGGGAGGAGGAAUUGGGCCGUCGGUGUAAGGAGGCAGAGGAACGAUAUACCUCAAGCCCCACAGAGAAUAGAUUGUAGUGGCUGCAGGGAGGCAAUAUCUAAUACAUCUUAGGGAGAAAAGUGAUUGUAAGCUCUUUUUCCUCAAACAGCAAUCGUUUGAGUUGGGCAGCCAGUCUGGUAAAAUGUUGGCACAUGUAGUAUGCAAUAACACAGCAGCUACGUAUACAUAAUUUGGGGGGGGAGGAGGGCGGUGAUAUGGUGGAAGAUGCAGAGGGUAAACUGGCUAGAUUCCAGGAAUUUUAUCAGGAGCCGUUGAGGUGAAACGCACGUCGAGGUCUCGCGCUCAGGGUCUGGCAUCCACUUUACUACCAUGUCUUCAGGUACAUUCUGCUAUUAGUACAGCCCCACAUUCCUUACAGGGCACCCCUAUAUAUAUCCAUAGUGGGUCCCUCUGAUCUAGGCGCAUGUUAUCUUUGUGAUUUAGAUACCGAUUUUUACCUGGGAUUGUUUAUUAUAUCUGUUAGUCCAGGCGCCUAGGCAUUUUGGUAUGUGGGUGAUUGCUCACGGGUUACCAGGCAUGGUCUUUUUGUACUUCGUGUACAUAGCCUUAUGAGGGCGACCUCCUUGUGUCACACUGUCUUGGUUAUCCUUGAGCCUCACGCCUUGAUUUAUUGGCUGUACUUAGCUGUGCUUUACAUUGCACAGAUAUCCUGGUAGUUUUUUGGUGCCAUUGGCCCUGUGCUUCUCCGUAUACUGUAUACCAUCCUGUUGUCUCCCCAUAUGUUGUAUUUUACUAAUAAAUGAUAUUUUGAUACAUUACUUCCACUUGUUUGUUUUGGUCUAUUCUGGAUGUUGUACAAGUGGAAAUUGUAGCUGUCUAGUUGACAGAACAGCCUUUGUGUAGGUUAAUAGUAUUACACACACAAUAAACCCUGUGCACACCAGACAAGGAAAGUGCACACAUAUAAGGAGAGGUAUAAGGAGAGGUUGCCAGAGACAACUGCAUGCUAUGACAGCGAGCAGCCUAGCAACCAGCUGCUCUACUGCCACAUACCUUAUGUUGCCAGCGGCAACCACAAGUGAGGCAACAUACUAGCGGCCAUCACCUGUGAUUGACAACACAGAACAAACCGCUGACAACUGCAUGCGACCACAAGAGUCACGACCAUAACCAUGGUCGUGACAGAUAUCCUAGGACCACAACUGCACAAAAUGUACGGGGAAGCACAACGGGGGGAGUCGCGAUAUGAUGCCUCAAUAGUAGUGCUGCUGAAACCUGGUAAAAGCCCACUGGAAUGCGGCUCUUAUAGGCCCAUUUUAUUAUUGAAUGUAGACUGUAAAACACUUACCAAGAUACUAGCCAAUAGAUUGAAUAAAGUAAUUACCACUAUUAUACACGAGGAUUAGUCCGGCUUUAUACCGGGAGGAUCGAGAUCCAGUAACAUCAGAAGGGCGCAGGUCAUUGCUCAGGUAGGAGGAAAAGUGCACUGGGCCUUGGCUUCUCUGGAUACAGCUAAAGCAUUUGACUCCGUGGAGUGGCCAUAUCUUUUAGAGGUGCAAAAAUGUUUCAGGUUUGGCCCGAAUUUUUAUUUCUUGGAUCUCCAUUCCAUAUAAAUGCCCCAAGGCACGCAUCCUGCUUAAUGGCUCAUACUCAGAGCCACUAACUUUUAACAGAGGCACCAGACAGGGAUGCCCCUUUCAUUCCUGUUUGCAGUGGCCAUAGAACCCCUUGCGGUUAGAAUACACCAAGACACUGUGUUUAAAGGGAUAUCCUUAGGAGAGCGGGAAGACAGGAUUGGCUUAUACGCCGUUGACUUUAUACUCUUCAUGGAUAGUGUGGAGACCUCUUUACUGAGGGCGAUAGAUCCAGUUGACGGCUUUGGUACUUCUCGGGACUCUGCAUAAAUUGGUCCAAAUCAGCCCUCAUGCCGUUAUGGCCAACAGUAUUUUACAACCUCCCGGUAGAAGAUUACUUUAAAUAUCUAGUAAUAAUUAUCACUAAAGACCCGCUUCUGUCCUUCAAUGAGACUAUAGCUCCCAUUGAAACCUACUUUACUGACAAAUUCAGAUCUUGGAAAACUCUUCCCCUAUCUAUAAUGGACAGACUCAAUCUAAUUAAAAUGAUUUUGCUCCCUAAGGGUCUCUAUCUACUGGAACAUGCUUGUACGCCCAUCCCGCACAGGUUUUUCGAUCGGCUGCACUCAUCGAUGACAGCCUUUGUAUGGGGGUCAGCUAGACGUAAACUUGCUUUACACACCUUACAGAGAUCUAAGCAGCAGGGGGAGCAGCAUUACCAGACUUCUUCCUAUACUUCCUGUCUGGCCAGGUGAGAUUUCUUCCAUCAUGGGUGGCAGCCACUACGCCACCUAAUGCAGAAUAUUAUCUGCAGCAAUACCUGCAGUUAUCCACAUUAUGGCCAGUGCUGUAGAGCAUUCACUUGUUUGCUGGACGUGCCCUCCCCAUACAUAGGCUGGCACAUCAGGUGUGGAACGCAGCGAAGCUUCACCAGUACAAGGAUUUGGCGGAUGCCAUUCCAUUAUGGGACAACCCAAUGUUUCCUCACUUGCAAAACCACGAGGGGGCGGAAAUAUGGAAGGAGUAUAGAAUGCUCAUGCUAAAAGAUUUUUAUGAAAAUGAGAUCCUAUGUUCAUUCACACAAAUACAGGGAAAAUCUGGAAAAUUCACUUCUAUAGAUAUCUACAGGUGCGCUGCGCUCUUCACGCACAGUUUUGAGAUGGUAGACGGGCUAUUUCUAAGUACCCCCUGACAGGAGUUCUCACCACACAAGGACCAAAGGGUAUUAGAUCUAUUCUAUAUACCCAUUUAUUGAGCAACCGCAUGGUUUCAAAUCAGCUGAAGGUUGAAUCUAAAUGGAGGGAAAAUGUCUCUUUUACCUGCGGAGGAAUGGCAGGAAGCAUUAGAAUCACCGCUAUAUGUCUCGCCCUCUACCAACAACAGGCUAAUACAAUUAUUUAUUCUACAUAAUGUUACCUGACCCCCACUAGACUAUACAAGAUGGGUAAACUAUCGCACACUAGGUGCCACAGAUGCGCACAGAUAAAUGACUUCUGGCAUAUGUUCUGGGACUGUAACUACAUCAAGUCCUAUUGGCAGGAGGUCACUAAUAUGCGAUCUACUGUGCUUUCUAGUCCGGUUCCCCAUGACCCUAAAGCAUGUUUGCUAGGAAUUCUGGAGGAAGCUAUAUGGACUCACCAUAAUAGAAUAUUUUUAAGAGAGACAUUGUUCCUGGCAAGGAAAGCCAUUGCAAUUAGAUGGAUGGCAGACCGGCCACCCACUGUGAAUUCGAGGAGAUCUCUGGUUAAAGGGAACCUGUCACAGGGAUU